AUGCCUAGGAAACUAUUUUCCUGGCUUGCAAAUCCUCAUUUAUCUGUUUUUUCUUUUAUUUUUACAGGUGGAACAAAUCCAGAUCUUCAUGAUCCUGAUCUUCAUGAUUCCAAUUGGACCUCUGUUUUCAUUCCCGGGUCUUUUCUCCAAGAAACUGAUGAGGCGCUGGGAGUCAGCCAAAGAAUCUAUGACACUAUUCGAAAAUCUGAAGUUGAAGAGUCUUCAUUUGAGUGCAGCUGGCAGGCGAUUCUAAAGAAGCUGGAUCUGAGGGAAAACAAUGAUAAGUACACUGUAGGCCGACCUGUUAAAGACCACCGUCGUUGGACCUGGGUUUACAUUGAAAUGAAGAUUUUUGCCAUUAUAGAUGUGAGAGAGGCUGACCAAAUGUUUGUUUCUUACAUCUGGGUUUCUAUGAGAUGGGACAAUGAGCACAUUUGGUGGGAUCCAGAUGAGUUUUGUGGACAGAAGCAUAUUUUAGUUCCCGUAAAAUAUUUAUGGAUGCCAGAUCUGACAAUUGUAGAGAUGACUGAGCGGGAUAAAACCGCCCCAAAUCCUCAUGUAGACAUCCAUCAUCACGGCUGGGUUGAAUAUAGAGAUGGUCAAGUGGUGACCAGCACCUGCACUAUGCAUGUUUACAAAUUCCCAUUUGACAUUCAGGACUGCCGAAUCUCCUUCAAAUCUAUCACACAUUCUGGUAAGCACUGAAGUUAUUUUUUUUUCUGCAUAUGUGCAGCAUCC